AUGAUUAGAUCACUAUUCAAUGGUAUUAGGUUAGUUAAACCUAAUAAUACCAAUAUCAAUGGUAUUACUAGACCAAUCACUUCAUAUAUGAACUCAAUAAAUUCCAACAUACCAAUACUCAAAAACCACAACAACAACCUUUCAUCAUUCAAUCAAGUUCGUCAUUCAUCAUUAAAUCAAAUUCAAAAAUAUAAACAUUAUGAUCCAAUUAAACCCAAUGUAACCAAGUCACCAGAUUUAGAUAAUAAUCCAUUCAAAAAGGGAGUUGUAUUAAGAAUAAUGAUUUUAAAACCGAAAAAACCAAAUUCUGCAUUAAGAAAAUGUGCCAGAGUAAGAUUAACUAAUGGGAAUGUUAUAAGUGCUUUAAUACCUGGUGAAGGACAUAAUUUACAAGAACAUCAUGUUGUAUUGGUUAGAGGUGGUAGAGUUCAAGAUGUUCCUGGGGUUAAAUAUCAUUUGGUUAGAGGUGCUUUUGAUUUGGUUGGAGUUGCUAAUAGAGCUUCAUCAAGAUCAAAAUAUGGUGCCAAAAAACCCAAACAAUAG